GGUCGUUGGCCCACUGGCGCACUGAUCACUAAGGUAUUCAUAACAAUUAUGUACAGUGAAUCACACUCUGCUGACAAAAUUGUCAUGGACAAUUGUGGAGUUAACUGGAUCUAGUGGCACCAUCUUCAUGACCAUUAAAACGUAAAAAGUUGAGGUGUUAUAUAUUCUAUACAAGCCUCAUUAUGUAUUGAUGAUCUCAUACACAACACUUAUCCGAAAUAAAAUUCUACUUUCUCAAGGAAAUAUUCAUUGGCUGUACUUUGACAGUGGUUGGUUUUUAGAUGGGUGCAAUCCAUUCUGGUACAUAUGUUACCCGUUAAAACAUGGUCUCGAUUAGUACAGGUGACUAAAUUUAUUAUUUUAAAGUGUUUUAAUCCCUGGUGAGGUCAUGCGUGCGUACUACUGAGAAGUCCCAUACUAUGACGAAAUAGUUAUGAUAGCCUGUUUGUGUUAUAUUACAAUCACUAAAUAUUGGAUCUGAUUUCGUCAUGGCACAAAAUCUUCAAGGACUUCUUCGUCUGGCCAUCCAAAACUCUGAAAGCGCUCCAGUGGAAGUCAUGGAUCCGAAGGAUGCUGCUUGGUUGAAAGAUGCACUAACCGCACACACUGUUGACCUUAGUAAACAGCUAACCGAAGACGUUCGGAAGUUAUCCUCCUAUUUAUCAUCUUCAGAGCCUGAUCUGAAUGAAAUGAAGAAUAUUAUUGAAGAUUUGCUAACUCUCACAGAAGAUAUAGAUCUUUCAAAUGAUUUUCUGGUUGUUGGAGGUCAGGAGGUGUUGCUCAAACUGUUGUUUUGCGGACCACUUUCACUAAGAACAGAUGCAUUGCGUUUACUUGGAAAUCUUACUCAAAACAACCCGAAAGCCCAGAGCUUGUUCACUGAAAAUGGUGUUUUGGCAAGGUUGCUUUUGCUAAUCGAAGAAAGCAAAGAUCUCGAAUUCCUAAGGUAUUUAUUCUUAGCCAUUUCUUGUCUUACUCGGGGUUACAUGCCAGGUAUUGAUACAUUUAUUGAAUUAGACGGCAUCAAUCUUUUGCUUGAUGCACUUAUACAACAAGCAGAAACUGAAAAACCAGAGAAUAUUCAACGUCUAGUAGACAGAGGUGCAUUCAUUAUCCAUUGUGUAUUAAGAGAGCUUUCUCCUAAAAGAUUACCUGCUGAUUCUACAACCAUUGUCGACAAAUUGAUGAAUCUCAUGUGUCGUCUGGACAAUCCUCAGGAACAUUUGUUGGCUAGUUUGACAAUACUAUAUCCAUCCGAUGACAGCUCUAGUUACGCUCAAGAUGUUCAUCCCAAAGAACUUUAUAAAUCAUUUUUUGAUUGGCUAAAACGGCAGUCUGACGAGCUUAACAAAAUAAAUGAUCCAGCUGAUGAAGAACGACGCGAUUAUAUAAACUGCUUAUUGAAAACUAUUCAUUUGUAAGAAAUAAUUAUUUUCUAGUAAUCUUUUUGAGUCAUAUCUCGUUUUAAACUGAUAUCCUCUGAAGUAAAUGCGUUCUUAAACCUAG